AUGUCGAGGCCUGAGAAGCUCCACCUUGCUUUGAGCUCGCACUCAGACGUUGUGCUAGAUCUCCGCGAAGGCUUCGUGGGAAAGCCUCAGCUGACUCUCCGCAACGAAGGAGCUGACGAGAUCACACAUUGCUUCCCCUUCCACGCCGAACUCGAACGGAACAACGAUCGCGACGGCAAGGAGGACGAGUCCCUCGACUUGGGCCGAGGCUUGAGAUGCGGAGCGUUGACCAUCACCGAUGAGAGUGGAAGCAAGAUCCCCCUCAACUAUUUCGGGGAGAGCCGAAAGGGCUCGUACUACGAACUCAUGUCAGUACUGCCAGGGUUUGCAGAGUUCACGUACGGCUUCAGGAGAAUCAGCCCCGAGCUCUUGGAAUCGCUCGGCCGCCACCUGAUUCCCGGAAGAAUGUAUCGCGUUGGCUUUUCGGGCCAGCCGAUGGGGAUCCUGUGCGAUAUCGGGGACGAAGACCCGGAAACGCACGAGAGGCAGGAAGCCGAGAUCGAGCCGUCGUGGGAUCCGCGGGAAAUUCCAUUCACGGUCGUCGCCGGCGCUCGAAAGCCCCGGUUCACAAUGUCCGUCACCGCCCCUUCGUCGAUCUGUCACACCUCCGGCAUCCCGGCCUUCCACGUCGUCAUGCUCGUGACGUCGCUCGAGCGAAGAGCCGUGACCGUGAACGUCCAACUCGACGCUUUUGCGGACAUGUGGCCUCAGGACCCGGCUCACAGGUGGGAGAAAUGGGGCUCGUAUGACAUGUUCAGAAUCACCCGCGAGAGCGACGGGCGGGAAUGUUUGCUCAACGCCAAACAUCCUCCCGAGCAAACCCUCCGACCCGCGGAAGACUUCCGCCCCGCGAACGGGCUCCUCGAAUUCAAUCACGGCACCACCUACACCUACCACUUCCAUCUCGGCGCCGAGGAUCUGAACCAGCGCCUCAGGCCUUCAUACAUCCACAACGAGCCCUACAUCCUCAGGACGAACCCUCAAGGCUUCGCGGCGUGGGAUUACGGCACGGAGGCGGAGCUUUCGCGGACGCAUCGGACACCGAGCGACUGGUGCAGGCACGGACCCAUCGUUUUCGAACCCGUCUGCGAUGUCGCGCUGACCAUCGAGGCGAUCAUGGAGGAGAGGGAGAAUCCGAUGCCCUUUUUUCGACUGCCGCUCGAGUUGAGGCAGGUGGUGUAUAGGUAUGUGAGAUACGCGCCGUAUGCUGAUCGGAUCCGGUUCACGGCCGAUUUGGGUUGA